UCACCUAAUUAAAAAAUCAUUACAAUUAUCUGCUGAUUCAAGUUUUCAUAAUUCGGAUAAUUUUAAACUGAAGCGACGUCAUGUACAAAAUACGCAAGAAAAAUUAAAUAUAGAACUGGCUGUUUUUUUCGACGAAGCCGCAUAUCGUACGUUCACGCUUUUUCUGGGCAAAGAUGAGAAUAUAUUGCGCAUGUUGAUAUUAGCAUAUGUGAAUCGUAUCCAAGCUGUAUUCCAUCAUCCAAGUUUGGGUGUUUCUAUCGAUAUUUUGUUGGUGCAUUUAGAAAUUAUGGAAGAACAACCAUUAAAUUUACCAGUUUUUGACGGCAACGCUACCAGACUGCUCAAUUCGUUUUGUAAGUACGCGGAAAGUGUCAACCCUCCGGACGACAAUGAUCCGAAUCACUGGGACGUUGGUCUUUAUCUAACCGGAAUAAACAUUUAUUCGGAUGACCAUUCUACCCUGGGAAGUUCCAACAAGAAAGGUGUGUGUGUCUCAAACUAUUCGUGUGCGAUAGUAGAAUUUGGUGUUGCAAAUACAUUAUCUUCGGGUUUUACAUCGUCUCUCAUUGCAGCUCAUGAAAUCGGCCAUGUUUUAGGAAUGGAACACGAUUCUGAUUAUGCAACUCCGUGUCAUAAAGACAAUUAUAUAAUGUCAGCUUCCCAGCUCAAUCAAGGACAAAUGACAUGGUCCGAGUGCAGCCGUGAAGUAGUUAAAAAUAUUUGGUACGGAUCGUGCCUUCGAGAUUACACGUCAUCGGAAAAUCUCAAAAAUAAAUUGAACCAUUUGCGUUAUCAUGAUUUACCCGGAAGACAAUGGACCGCUAAAGCACAAUGCGAAAUAUAUUUUCGCGACGAAGAUGCAAACGUAGUCACAUUGCUCGACAUAUGUAAAAUUUUACAAUGUGAAACGCCACACAAGAAAGGCAUUUACUUAACAGGACCGUCGUUAGAAGGCACUUAUUGCGCACCUGGAAAGGAAUGUCGAGCUGGAGAAUGCGUUCCUGUUAUCGUACCACCAUACAUUUUCAAGUAUUGUGAAAAUGAUAACUGGAGUGAAUGGAAAGAAGACAGCUGUCAAAGUAGUUGCUUAAAGAAAUCUAAAGGCGUAAGAGUCAAACGACGUUCUUGCAAACAUAAAAAUGUUAAAACGUCGAAUUGCGGAGGGCCAUAUUACGACGUGGUUUUCUGCGAUGACUCGAUGCUUUGCAUUGAAAAUCGCAGGACAAUCUUCGAGUUUACUGCCUUCAAAUGUAAUGAAUUCAUCAGUAUUGUAAAGCGUACACACAAUACAGAAUGGAUAGUCGAACUGGAAAGUGGGCCAGGAGUUCAGGUGCUUCAUAAUAUCGCGGAACCGUGGCAGGCCUGUACUAUACACUGCCGCAAAAAAAAUUCAUCAACUCCCUACGCACCACGCUUGGAAAUGCUCGGCAUUAAUAUGGACCCAUACUUUCCGGAUGGGACGUGGUGUCACAAUAAAGAUGGCCAGGAUUAUUACUGCCGCCAACAUUACUGUCUGCCGGAAUGAUAUUCUUAAGUAUUUUUGUGGGAUUUGAACAAAA